AAGAGCUUUGAGUCGGGAACCUUUAGCUCUUACUUGUUGUUUAGCCUUUAGAGUGAAAACACUGACUAUUCCGCUUUCGGCAUGGCGAGUCUGCGCAGCAUCUUGGUCCUGCUUGCUGUGGCCUCCAGCGGGUUUUGUGAGAAGGUUUUUCUGCAGCGAGCCGGCACAAAGUUUAACAGCAGAGAGUACAGAUCUGUGCUGACUGUGAGCAACGGAGAGCAGUUUGGAGACUGGACCUGGCCAGAGAUGUGUCCUGACAACUUCUUUGCUGUUGGAUUCAGUGUCAGGGUGGAGAGCAAUCAGUACGGGGAUGAUGACACCGCCCUUAAUGGGAUCCGCCUCAUCUGCUCCCAAGACGAGAGCCGGAACUACCUGUACUACGUCGAGUCGCACACUGGACACUUUGGUGACUGGUCCCAUCCUCAGUACUGCCCGAGCGGGGUGCUGACAUCCUUCCAGAUUCGCGUGGAGGAACAUCAGGGUAUAUUUGGGGACGACACGGCCGUCAACAACAUCAAGUUCCGCUGCAGCAGCAACCCAAUGAUGGAGGCGCCCGGCAUGCACUGGGGUGAGUACGGCUACUGGAGUGAAGACUGCACCAAUGGAGGGAUCUGCGGCAUAGAGACCAAGAUGGAGGAUUACCAGUGGGCCCUGGACGACUCCUCUCUCAACGACGUUCGGUUCUUCUGCUGUAACAAACCUCAGCAGUGAUCAACCAAGUCCAGAACCUCAGUCACACCUUCAACCCAAAGAUCAAGUUUAAUAAAACAAACGUAGCCUCUGGCUUUUUGUGUAAUGCUUUUCCAAACAUGUGUUGUGCAGUGUGGCACAAAAGUUCAGUGAUAUCCCAGUCUGACCUAUUUCACCGAUCUUAAUGAUCAUAAAAGGUGGUGACUUUACCUUCCUGGACAAUACAUUAAACUUAUAAGCUCUUCUUCAGGGCAAGCCCUAA